GAUCGACGAUGGAGACGGAGCCACUCCCGUGAACCUUCACUCCCCUCCACUAGUCACUCUCUAGCUAAUCUCUGGUUGAUUGCCAAGAGCGAGCUAGCUAGCCGGCCGCCGCCUCGCCCUGCUGCACGACGGCCGCCGCCAUGGCGGGCGCCGCGGCGGAGCGGAAGGUGAGGGUGGCGGAGCUGGCGCUGCGCGCGCUCCUCUGCGGGCUGGCGGCCCUGGCGGCGGCGCUGGUCGCCACCGACGCCCAGACCCGGACCUUCUUCUCCUUCCAGAAGAAGGCCACCUUCAGGGACAUGAAGGCCAUGGUGUUCUUGGUGGUCGCCACCGGCGUGGCCGCCGGGUACAGCCUGCUGCAGGCGGCGCGGUGCUGCUGCUGCGGCCUCCAGCCGACGAGCCGCCGGGCCCUGGCCUGGUGCGUCUUCUCCUGCGACCAGGCGCUGGCGUACGCGGUGCUGGCGGCGCUCGCGGCGGCGCUGCAGGCGUCGCUCAUCGCCAAGCGCGGCCAGCCCGAGCUGCAGUGGAUGGGGAUCUGCGCCAUGUACGGCGCCUUCUGCAGGCAGGCCGGCGGGGGGCUCGCCAGCGCCGUCGGGGCCGGGGUCGCCGCCGUCCUGGUCGCCUUCAUCUCCGCAUUCAACCUCUUCAGGCUCUACGGCGACAAGACCGGCGGCGCCGCCCGGAACGGCGCCGGCGCCACGUGGUAGUGUGUAGCUGCUAGUGCACUGAAAGCUUUGCUUGGUUGCGCAUCGCGAUGGCACAAAUACAAUGCGAGAUGGGAAGAAUAGAUGGUCGAGUGAAACCAUGAUGGCACGUGGAACUGCAUUCCCAAACUCUCUGCGGUGCUUUCAGUCGCCCAAAUCUACAAUCUGGUGCUUAUGGCCUUUUGGAAACUCAUUGUUAUCAAAACGUAGGAUUCAAAUUGGUUGCCGACUGUAAUCUUACGCGACUUCAAUUAGAAUGCAUAAAAUUUCCAAUAAAUUGUUUGGAUGCAGCACAUGAGAAAAUAAAGAAUUCAGCGUGUGCUUGGUUUCGG